AUUUCCGUGGUGCCGUUUUUCGUUACCGGUGCAAUUUCGCUACCGCCGGAAGCCAAUCGUUGUGCAGCUCUGAAAGAUGGGAAAACGAAAAAAAAAGAUGGAAAAUAUUAAUACCAGUACAAAAAAAAAAUAGAAACAUUCGGAUAUCGAGACAAAAGGAAUAAAAUGGGAAAUUGAAACACAAUGCGCAUAACAGGAACGCAUCCCAAAACAUCAAUUGUGUUGAAACUGGUAUGGAGAAGUAGGGAACGUGUGUGUGUGUGAGAGAGAGAAGGAAUGGAAGGCACUAUAAAGCAAAUGAAAAAUAAUGUUUUUUAAUCAAAUGUUAAUUUUUCCACAUUUGUGGAGCAUUUUUCAAACCAAGAAAAUGCCAUGACACAUUUUGUGUGGUGCAACAGUACAAUGGUGGCUUUACCUCCGAAAAGACGAUUUGCGGGCAUCAAAAUCAAUUAAAAUAUUUUACAUGCAGCUUCCAUUAUGCACACAAUAUUGGUUAGUGUGAUGAAAGGUCUGGUUUCUGUUGCUUUAUUUUUUCGUCCUGUUUUUAUCGUUGAUUUAUGGUGCAAUUAUUCAAUGGGCUUUUGUCUGCAGGGACUUGUGCAUUAUUGGAAUGCGUGUGUGUGUGCGCAAAGAUGACAAGGAAAGUUUGAAGGUUUUGUUUUUUUUUUGGUCAUUUACACCUUUAUUUCAGCAGUAAUGCUUACAAGACACAAAUGAAGUUUACAACUCAUUACAAAUUGCACUAAUAAAUGCUGGCUCUGUAUGAGAUGCAAUUUUUAGUAGCGUAAGUACUAAUUCCAAAGGUCACUACUUAUAUUAGAACAAUUGACACGAUUUUAUGCCAUGUCAGCAUGAGUCGUGAAAUAUUUCAUUGCACGGCGAGGUACACGCGCUUAUUUUGCGUCGGUUCUCAAAAUAACACCCAUACAGUCUUAGCUUUAUCACUGAUAACAAAUUUCUAUCAAACUUCUAUCUAUCUUCGAUUAGGGUUCGAUCUAUUAAACCAAUCACCUUGAGUAGCUUUGGGCGAGAAUUCCAGUCAGUGACGGUAAGUCGUGCGGGAAAGUGUUUAGUGCGAACAAAAUGAUACUGCUAGUGGCUAUUGUGGUGGUAUACUUGAGCUAUGUACUGUUCAAAUACCACCAAAAACGUCAGCAAUUGCUUCGAAUUUCCAAACACUUCAAUGGCCCUUUUCCCGAGUACUUUCUUGGAUGUUUCUAUCUGUUCCGUAACAAGUCUGUUGCAGAAAUAUUCGACCUGCUAAGUGACCUGCACCGUAAAUAUGGCAACGAUGUUAGUAUGAUUGGAGCUUUCAAUGACCUCGUGCUAGAUCUCUCCGGUGCGCAAAAUGUGGAGAAAGUAUUGCUCGCAAAGACAACUAAAAAGUCGUUCCCGUACGAAUUUCUCGAACCAUGGCUCGGUACCGGCCUAUUGCUAUCGUUCGGCGAAAAGUGGUUCCAGCGGCGUAGAAUCAUAACACCAGCGUUCCACUUUAAAAUUCUCGAUCAAUUUAUGGACGUGUUUAAUCACGAGGCGGACGUAUUGGUCUCAAAGCUGGAGAAGCAGGUGAACAAGAAAGAGUUCGAUAUCUACGAUUAUAUUACGCUCUACGCGCUUGAUAGCAUUUGUGCAACGUCCAUGGGAGUGCAAAUCAACGCACAGGAGGAUCCGAACAAUGAGUACGCUCGGGGCGUAAAGCAAAUGUCGGAGUACAUUUUCCGUCGUGUGUUUAGCGUGCUGCGUCAAUUCCCGUCACUAUUCUUCCUGUAUCCAUUCGCCCGGGAACAGGGUCGAGUGAUUAAGAAGCUACACGAUUUUACCAACUCCGUGAUUGAGACACGACGCCGCCAGCUACAGGCGGAACAGUCCGUUGGCAAUGUGGAGUUCGAUGGGGAUGAAGAUGAGCUGUACUCGAAGCGCAGGGACACCUUCCUUGAUCAGCUGCUGAAGGUAACGAUCGAUGGUAAACCACUCAGUACGGCCGAUAUUCGCGAGGAGGUGGAUACGUUUAUGUUCGAAGGACACGACACCACCACCUCCGGUAUUUCGUUCACAAUUCUUCAACUGGCCAAACACCAGGAAAUUCAACAGAAGUUGUACGAAGAGAUUGAUGGAAUGUUGGGAGCAAAUGCCAAAAAUACUGAAUUAACGAGUGCAUUACUUCAGGAUAUGAAGUACUUGGAUUUAGUAAUUAAAGAAUCCUUACGCUUAGUACCUCCAGUACCAUUCAUCGGAAGGAAACUGCUCGAGGACAUGGAAAUGAAUGGCACUAAAAUACCUGCGGGUACUACCAUUUCCCUUAACAUCUUCAAUGUGCAUCGCAAUCCGAAAGUGUUCCCCGAUCCGGAAAAGUUCAUCCCGGAGCGCUUUUCAGAUGAAAAUGAAAUUAAGCGAGGACCCUACGAUUACAUUCCGUUUAGUGCCGGGUUCCGAAACUGCAUUGGCCAGAAGUAUGCACUGCUGGAGAUGAAGGUUACUAUAGUGAAGCUACUUGCAAGUUACCAAAUACUGCCCGGGGAGUCAAUCAAUCAAGUGCGCUACAAGACGGAUUUGGUGCUACGUCCGACAGCUGGUAUUCCGGUAAAACUUUUGAAGAGAAAUUAAGAUGUUAGGAUUUAGUGUGUAUCUUUUUUGUCGUGAAUGAAUUAUGUAUCUAAACUCCGCUAGUUGUAUCACUGCAGCAUGAUAAACGUAUAAACUUAUGAUUAUAUUUCAUUCGGAACGUUUGAACACUGAAUUUAUUAACAGAUUGCCGAGAGACUUUUAAUCUUGUGGGUCAUUAUUUGAGAUUCAUAUAAAAAAGACGAUUGCCCUAGGAUUUCUACUCUGCUGAUCUUUAAAGCUGAUGUGGUAAAGUUUUGCCUUUUCAAGAGAAGUAGUUUUUUCUCACAAUUUUUCUGGGUAUUUUUUGCUAUCACCUUUUCUUUAGAAAAUGUCCCAAUUGUUAGCUGUUGUCACUUGAGGUUUCUUGGUUAUUCCCCUUAAGAUCUUUUCCUCUUUCUUUUGAACACGUUGCCAGUGUACAAGAAACGGAUGUACAAGCAAGCCGUCAAGGAUCUGCAAACUUUUUCGCCACUUUAACCAAAAACUGUAUUAAAGUGUGUGAAAAAGAGGCAGAGAAAGUGAAACAAAAAAUCACCAGCAAAUCUUGUACCAGCAAUGGUUGAUAAAAACGGCGAAUGUUUUUGUCAGAACUUUCCUCAUUCUUUGGCGUAACCACCACCGGACGAUGGCAUUAUGGUGAACUUGGUCAACUUUCUUCGAGUUGGAGCUUUUGUUCGCGCAAUCU